AUUUCAAAUAACAGUUUUUUGGUGAUAAAGAUAUUAAGUUUCUGAGAAUUUUUAUAGUUAAAUGUUAAUAUAAUUCAAUAUAACUUAUAUUCAAUUAUAAAAGAUUCAAACUUGAAAAUCCUCAAUAUAAAUGCCCUAAGUAAUAGAGUUAUGGUAAGUUAUAGUCAGGGACUAAUCCAGAAGUUAUACUACGUUUGACCCGUACGUCUUUGUAAUGGUUUUCUUGUUAUAGGAGCAUAAAGUAAAAAAUAUUUAUUGUGUACACUAAAAUGAAUUUUCACAAUUAUCUAACUAAUUUACGUAACUUUACCUUAGAGAAAUAUUAAAAUUUUAAAAAAAUUACGUGUGUAGAAAUUAAGAACAACAAAAUUAGCUGAAAAAUAAGAAUAAUGCACAAUUUUCUUAAUAUUGGUUGUUGUUUUUUUAUUAAAUUUCUUAAAAGAUUUAUAUAUAUAUUUUUUUUAAUUAGAUUGAUUCGACUUUAGACAUGUGAAUCAACACUGACUAAUUUCUAAUAUAUCGAACCUUAAUCAUAUAAUAAUCAAAAUUCCCGACUUGUUCAACUCCCAAAAACCAAAACCUUAUUCAACCUCACACAAUUAUAUUUUUUGACUGUUCUCUUCGGAACAUAUAUAGCAAAACUCUAUAGCUUGACCAUUUUUUAUCUUUAGCAAAUUUUCAUCAACUUUUGAUUUAUCUUUAUUUCUGCCAAAUUGUAAUUAGUUUUAACAGUUUUCCCUAUUUUUACUAAGUUUUAUAACUUAAGAUCACUAAAUUCACAUUCCAUAUACAUCAGAAGUUCAAAACGCAUAUUGUUUCAAACUCCUCUUAAUCAAGUCUUCACUAAUAACCUAACUAACUCACAAAAUUCUAAACCCAUUAAUAAUUGAUGGUUUUUCAAAAGGUUUCUUACAUAAAAUAACAAUAAAAAAUAAAAAAAACAAGUGAGAAUUUAUUUUUUAAGUUAAGAAACGUUUCUGGUACAAAAAAACAGGGAAAAUUGGAAAUAUGGAAUAAAAAGACAAGUAGAUUGUCCCUUUGCCAUAAUAUGAAUUAUAAGUUGUCCUAAUGCCAUAAUGUUUUCUGUAAACCCAAUUAAACCCCUAAUCUAAUCUUUUAAACGUUUUUGUUAAUUUAAUUAUGUUAAUAAAAUAUUAUUAUUAUUUUUAAUUAAUUUAAUUAUUAAAAAAAAAUAUAUACAAAAGGGAAAAAAUCGACUAAAAUUUCCCCCAAGCUCGAUGAACCCUAAUUGCUGUCUCCUCCUUUGGCGAUAGAGAGAAAGGACGAUUUGAAGGGGAUCUCGCCGUCGCCGGUGUCGUUUUGGCCGGUAAUACUCCGCCGGUGUUCUUCUUCUUCUUAAUCGAAGUCUCAGAGACCUCGUCUCACUUGGCGACUCGUUCUCAAUUAAGUCGCCGAAGACCGCUGAAGCUCGCACCUCGCCAAUAACUGAACUCGUGCCUCACCGCUCCGCUCUCACUCUCUCAGCCAUAGUUUCAAGCAAACCAAUCGAUUCUCCUCAGGUAUGACGAUUGAUCAGUUGCCUAAAUGCUUAUUCAAAGAGGGAACUGAAACACAAGUUGAGAAGGUCAACAACAGUUGUCGAACUUCCAUACUUGCGAAGGUGGCGAAGUACUGUCCAGACGAGUACAAAGAAGUGUCGGAGGAUCCGCUAUUUGCUCAGAUUGUGGCCAUUCAUGUACACAAGCUUCAGUUUUUGGCAAGAGCGAUCCACACCUUCGUUUGCAAGCAGCUUCUGUCCGCAAAGCAUUAUGAGUUGUGGUUCCAUUAUGCUAGGAGGCCUUCAGAUUUUCAAUGCAAGAAUUCUAUGCCAUCACAGGUUUGAAAUACAAUGACGAGCCCGACUUGGAGAUUGAUGACUGGGAAUAUGAUGGAGGGUUUUGGAGUAAGUUGCUAAGGAGACAGAAAAAUAUUUCGGUUCAGCAAAUCAGGAAGGUUCAUGUGAAGUUGUGUAAUACAUGGUCUCGUGUUGAUAGGCUGCGGUUGGUCUAUUUGUGUGUGAUUGCUGGUAUUCUUAUGGCGAAGGAUGAGAAGGUGUGGAUCCCAUACAAGUACAUCAAGCUCGUGAUGAACUUCGAGAAGAUGAGGAAAUAUCCGUGGGGUCUUCACUCUUUUGAUAUGCUGGUGAGUUCCAUUAUCAACGCUAGGGAUAAAGUGAAGACGCAAAACAGUUAUGUCGUAGAUGGAUUCUCGUAUGCACUUCAGAUUUGGUUGAUGGAAGCUGUUCCGGACAUUGGGUCUCUUUUGGGUCAGAAACUGAGAGAAGGCGUGAAAACCAUGAGGUGCAGAAAUUGGAAAGGAUCUGCUAAGAUUUCCUAUGAGGAUAUUAUUACCAUAGAGUCUAAUUUUGCUUCCACCGGAGAUGUGUUUCCAUCCAUUUCUACAUCUGGAAAUUUCAAAGACGUGAUUACUGAUGCCGAGUUUGUUCGAGUCUGUGAGAUGAAGGAUGAAAGAGUUAAUCUAAUCAUUGACAUGCAGCGAAACAAGUAUGACUGGAGUAAGCAUGUUUGGGCUUAUAAGGAAACAGUGAAACCAUUUCAGUACAGUUCUGAGGAAGAUGGUUCAGAUGAGGAAGCGGCUGUAGAGACAAGUGAAACUGAAAUUGAAGAAGAAAUAGAAAGCACCUGUGUGUCUCCUACUAAGAAGAGGAAGAACAGGUUUCGGGAUACUGGUGCGGAGUCGAGGAAGAAGAGGUUACUUUGCCAAAGAUCAACCGAGAAAUAUGGAGAUCUUGAAGAGGAAAUGAAGUCCUAUAUCCAGAGUAUGUUUAACUCUUCUUUUACUGCCUUAGGCCUCGAGGUACGCGAGAUUAUUGAAGACCGCUUUACCAAAUUAGAGGAGAAGAUCCUUUCAUCUCAGACUCAGGGUGGUGCACCUGCUAAUACUCAGACUCGUGGUACUGAUCCGUUUUGGACUCCUUCUGCUGCUGCUGCUGGUGCUGCUGCUGCUGCCACUGCUCCGGCUUCGGUUUCUGGUCGUCCUCCUGCUCCUACUCGGGCUUCUACUGAAGCUCCUGCUUCGGUUUCUACUCCAGGUCUUGCUCCUUCUCGCAGUGCGGCUUCUGCUCCUUAUCGCAUUCGAGCUUCUGCGACUGCUCACAAUGGUGGUCCUGCGAAUGCUGCGAAGACAAGGUCUCAGACAAAGGUAAACAAGAAGUAGAUCAUUUUUCAUGUCUUCGGUUGCUGUUAUAUUUUCAUGUCUUUGGUUGCUUUUCUUUUUCAUGUACUCGGUUUGCGGUUUGUAAUAUUAUUUUAAGAAUGAUGUUGUCUUUGCUGUGUGUAAUAAUUAUGUAAGGAUGAUGUUUUGGAUCAUUUGUGUGAUAUCAUUAUAAGGAUGGAAUCUUUCUUUAAAAAAUA